AUGCCAGCUGAAAUCCUGUGCAGAGACAGUACCCCAAAAUGCAACAGCAACAGCAACAGCACUGCUGCUGCUGCUGCCUGGCUUCUUUUGGCUCCCUGCGCAACUCAGACCGGAGGCGCAGGCGUAUCCACAGCAUCCGAGGCAGCAGCAGUAGCAACAGCAACUAGAGCGGGCCCCCCUUCUGGGAGCUUCUCAAGAGGAGAAUCGAGGACGCAGUGCUGCACAGCUGCCGCUGCUCACGCUCCGGCGUGUCUAACGGCGGCAAGACGUUCGACGGCCAUAGACACGCAGGAGAGUGCUCCUUCCCAACAAGCAGCGGCGGCAGCGGCCUGUACAGCAGAAUCACCAGGAUUACGCAGCAGCAGCAGCAGCAGCAACUCAUUCUCGCGUGACUCUGCCCUUCCCUUGCUGCCUCAAGUCAGUGAGAGAGAGGCCGUGGGGAUUUCUUUUUUUUCAAAGCCACUCUUACUGCCGACUUUUUCUGUAGCCACGCCUGCAGUAGCAGCAGCAGUAAAGGCGUCUCACGCGCAACAAUCGGCAUCGCAGCUGGAGCUUGACGCGAGAGCACGCGAUGCUGCUAGUAGUUCCGGCGACGAAAAUUGCGGCAACAGCAGAAUGACGUGCUCCACCUUGAUGAGGGCUCCAGAAUCGCGGCUUAUGCGAGCUGGCUUAGCUGCUUUGUUUCCACUGUUAGCGCCUGAGUGGGUGCGAGAUGCGGCUUUUCCCGAAAGGGCAGCUGGAAGUGCUGCCGCAGCUGCUGCUGCUACUGCCUGUGGAAGCAGGGAAGCGCUGCAGCAGCAGCUCCUGCAGCAGCAGCUCCAGCUGCAUCCAGCAAUUCGCAAUCGACAGCUCGUUAAGGCCAUUCUAGACGGUCAGGUGUCGCUGUUGUCGCUUGUGCCUGUUGAUGCAUCUCACUUGGAGCGAGACUUACAUUUCUUGCUGCCGCUGCAGCAGCUGCAGCUGCGGCUGCUGAACGGCUUUGUGUUUGAGAGCUGCAGCGAAUGCCAUGCAGCGCAUGCGGCUUGCCUGCGUUCCCUAGAUCGCAGCCUUGCGCAUAUCCUGGGAAGGUGGCUCUUACAGCAGGCUUGUAGGGGGCCCAACGAGGCUUCAAUGCGCGGAUCUCAGCAAGGGGAAAACGCGGAGCAACAGCAUGUGGCGGAUGCUGAGGGUGGGAUUUUCCCUUCAGAUCCUGCUGCUCCUGCAGCGCCUCCUGCAACGUGUCUUUCCAGUGGCCUAGAGGAGUCUUUCAGCAAAAAAACUCCUCCAGGCAUUGGAGCUCCUCCCGCAACAGCCCCUCCAUCUGCGGCUUGGAGAGCCGCUGCACAGACAGCAACGGAUGGUGGCAGCACUGCAGCAGCUGUUGCACACGGGGAGGCUGCUCGUGAUGACGGCAGCGCUGAGCAUGCAGCACACCGCGGCAAUAGCAACAGCAGUAGCAACAGCAAUAGCAGCAAUAGCAACAACAACAGCAAUAGCAGCAAUAGCAGCAAUAGCAGCAACGCAGCAGCAACAACAGCAACCGAUGACGGCGAAGAGGAGGACGUUGGAGAGGGGUCUCACCUGACUGUUCCCGCUUUAGUACGGCACUUUGAAUGCUGGAAAUCUUCGUUUCGGAGCCUCGCAGUUCAAACAGGCCAGACGGCGUCUGCGGCGGCAAGCGCCGCUGCUGUCGAGACACCGCAGAGUCCUCAGUCUCCCUGCAGCAAAAAGGCCAAGUUGAAGGCUAAGCGGCGGCACUUCACUGCCCCUCCCCAAGUAAAUCUCCGAGAGUCUGAUGCAGCAGUAGCAGAGGCUGAUGCAGCGCCGAGUGGUGACGACGCGGCCUCCUCUGUACCCCGCAGACUCCUGGAGCUGCGUCAAGAGCAACAAAAAGAGCAAGAGGACGAGCAGCCUCCCGAGGAACGGAGGGAGCAACAGCAGCAGCAGCCACAGCAGCAGCCGCAACAGCAGCAGCAGUAUGGCGAAAACGAGCGCAGCAGCCAUAGCGUGUACUAUCCUAGCUUGUAUGAUCUGCCGGCUUCCCCUGACAGCGCAACAGCAGUACAGCAACGCGAACUAGGUCGACAGCUUGUCUUGCAGUUAGGAGCUCUCGUCAUGGCGGGUGGAGGCAGCAGCAAGAAGUUGCUGCUGCCGCAACUAGGCCCGCUAAGAGCAGCAGCGGAAGCGCUGACUGCCUUUGACUUUUCGUCUUUUGCCGCCGUAGCACAGCAACGAGGUACUGCAGAAAGACGGACUUGCUCCAGGAGCUACAGCGGCUGCAGCGCUGCAGCUGAGACGUGGCGGGAAGGGGAAGCUGCCCGCUGUACCUAUACAGCGAUGAGGCCUGCUAACUCACAAGGAGCAACAGGAGACACAGGAGCAGCAACAAACCGGGAGGUGUGGAUCCGACUGUUGUGCCGCUGCCCUGUGGUCCCCUUGCAGCUUUCUUUCAGCCACUCGGCUAGGAGAGCUGAUGCUGCCUGCCCGUCGCUGAGGCAGCAACAGCCUUUCGACGCAAGCAGGGGAGACGACACGUGCGCAGCAGCUUCGCCGUCUGCAGCAACAGGAGCCUCCGAUGAUGAACAAGCGGUGCACGACAUCGCCAGCAAGAGGUCCUCUCGGAGCUCUCUGGCGGAUCAGAGUGUGGCCGUUAUCGCCAAUAAAAAUGCCGUUGCGGCUGCAGCCGCGGCUGCAGAAAAUGAAAGGGGCAGCAGGGCCCACUGGUGCGAGUGCUUUGUGAGCAUUCACUGCAGCAGCAGCAGCGAGGCAUUCCCCACGAGCAGUGCAGCUGCGGAAGCCGCUCCUGCCCCCCCGUUUACCGCCGCACUGGACAGUAAGAGCAUGCAGGAGCGGGAAGAGGGGGGAGGCGAUGCACUGGGGAAGGCUGAAGCAGAGGAUGGCGGGGGCUUAAUGACGGCAACGGGGAAGAGCGCUACUGCUGCGAUAGCUCGAGCCGCGGCUCUUGCGGCUUAUUGCAGCAACAGCAACAGAUGCAGGUUCACGCUUCAGGUUUGCAAUCAGAGGCCAAAGAGUGACCUCUUGUUUUGGGCAAUGCCAGUGGCAGACAUGCGGCAAAACAGCAGCAGCCGCAGCAGCAACAACAGCAGUAGCUGGAAGGUGCUGCAGAUACCUGAAACUGUGUCUCUGGAAAACUCCGUUGACGAGUUGAUGGCGAAGCAAAACUUCCUUAUGGAGCUAAAGAAACGUGUUCAGAAGAAUCCUCAAAUGCGGGAUACGCUGUAG